UGCCAUCCCGCCGGGGCACGGCCGCGCCGGCCAUGGAGCCCUCGCCCAAAGACGGCGAGAGCGCGGCGGCCGCCGAGCCCGGCCGGGGCGGCACGGCCCCUUCCAGCGGGGUGGUGGUGCAGGUCCGGGAGAAGAAGGGGCCCCUGCGCGCCGCCAUCCCCUACAUGCCCUUCCCCGUGGCCGUCAUCUGCCUCUUCCUCAACACCUUCGUGCCGGGGCUGGGAACGUUCGUGUCGGCGUUCACCGUGCUCUGCGGGGCCCGCACCGACCUCCCCGACCGGCACAUGUGCUGCGUCUUCUGGCUGAACAUCGCCGCCGCCCUCAUCCAGAUCCUGACGGCCAUCGUCAUGGUGGGCUGGAUCAUGAGUAUAUUCUGGGGCAUGGACAUGGUCAUCCUUGCAAGCUACAAGGAACAGGGGAUCCCACAGCAGCUGUAGUGGCUGGGACAAGUAUGGUCAGAGAAUCACGGCGAGAGAUUUCCUUUGGCAGCCGUGGGCCACGGACCUUUUCAUUACCCUUUGUCUCUCUUCUUCUCCCUUUUGUUUUGUCUCCUUGUGCCUGCCCGGUUCACCUGCCCGUCCAGCGGAGCGGAGAUGCAGAGCAGCCGGCGCGGACCUGCACUGAUGGCCCCGAGCAGCGGAGAUGAGGCAGGCGCGGCUUGGCUUAGGACUGGUCCCGGCCAGCACGCGGUGGGUGGCCGACGAGGAGGACGAGGGUGCCGGGACAAGGAAACGCGCUUGGCGAAGGUGGCACCUGGGCAGGCAGCUGAACCACGGGAGGGGGAGAUGCUGCUUUCCCUCUGCUCCCAGGGGGAGGUUGCUGAAGAUGUUUUGCCUCCUUUUUAUGCUUGCUGUUGAAGGACGCUGGCUGUGAACAUCACGUGCCAAGGAGCUAUUCAUAGAUGUAUGUACAGGAUGUAAAAGCGAGGCAGUUGUACUUUUUUCCCGCCCUGACAUUCCAUCCGUGACUGCUUUGCGGUAGUGGAGGGUCCAACCCAGCCCCCUCUGCUGCCUGUGUAUGUAUGAUUUUCACAGAAGCUCUGUCCCCACAGAUGUCUUGAGAAGCGUGCUUGCUGUAAAUCGUAUUGUACUGCCGAAGUGACCGGGGCCACCGCCUGCUUCCAUCUGCUGCCACCGUGCAAAGACCAGAGCUCCCACCAGCCCAGGGGACAUUUUCCUAGCACAGGACUGGUGUCCUGCAGCAUCUCGCCUCUAGGGCAGCAAGUACAGCCUCGUGCUGCCAAAAGCCUCUCGUGUAAAACAAUACUGGGGGAGCCAAAGAACAAGAUUUUUUCUACCCCUGACAGGGACUUGCUGGCAGUGCCUCCAUGCUUUGGAAACUGGUCCCCUUAGAGCACGACGAGUGCUCCCGGCUGAAGCAGCAUCCCAGCUCUGCUUCCCCAGGGUAAAAUCAACCACCCAGCGCUUUCAGACCUCUUUCCGAAGCGUUGCAGAGGGGACAACACCUCCGCCUCUCCCGGGGCUGGAUAACUCCCGCCCUCCCCUGGGAGCUGUGCUGCGAACCAGCCCUGCCUCUUCCAGCACAGGCAGAGGGGCACAGCGCCGAGCCCUUCCUCUGGCCCAGAGUGCAUGGCACCAGCUACCCCAGCACCACCACCUGCUUUAUAAAUGUAAUGUUUGACAUGCCAGUUCUGCAGCUAAAGAGUGAUAGUGGGUAACGAAGAAUAAACGCAGCUGCUUCCCCCCGCUCUGCCAGCAACACAGAGUUUUCUGCUGCCCCUUUCUGGUGGUGAAAACCAGGUUUCUCAAAAAAAACCCCAAACCAAAACAAAGCAAACAACCCCCAAAAAAGGGCUUUAAUGAAAUAGUUUCUUGGUACUUGAACCCAGCUGGGCUGAACAACUGAUUUACCACUCAUUGGAAAGCAAUUCCAGGUAGGAACCAAUCCAAACGUGCAGCCGGUCAAAAACCGGCUUCAUUCUGGGUCAGCCCAACCACUGCACUGUGCCAUUUUCCCAAGUCCAUUGGUGUUGUCGGAUCUGUAUUCACCAUGGAGAAGGUGCUUUGGGGGGUGACCCCCACCCUCCCAGCCUUUUCCCUGGUUGGCCAUACUUGGCAUCGCUCUCAGCCGUGGCAGUCACAGCUGGGAAGGUCAGGGGGGCUUUGUGCUGGCAGCAGCUCUGGCACACGCAGCCACGGGGCCAGGAGUGUUAGGUGUGAGUGGUGACUCCAUCUGUGCCACAGCCUGUGCUUCCCAACGCACAAAGCUGCGUGCUCCUCCCCGGCUGCAUUGACUGUCACGCAUUUUAUUAAAGACCUUCCAGUUCUGCUGGAAAUUGCCCCUUAAGCCUUGCUGUGAGAGUUGUGCUGGGCUCUGGGGACAGGAAGCUGAAGCUCACAGUCCCAGUAUUCCUCAGAGGGCCGUUUUAUUCCUUACCUCCUGCUUAUUCUGGGAUGACUCUGCAGUUCGCACACAUGCAUACACUCCAGCCACGGGGCAUUUUAUUGCUACCCAGCCCAAACUGCAGCCACUGCAAGACACCACCAAGAGUUCCUUGACAUCUGAACCCCAGAUACAAGGAGACCCUGGCUAGAUCUGACAUUCCUCCCAGGAAAAAGAAAUGUCUUCUCCCAUACACUUGCUAACCACAGCGUGGCUACACAGCCCUGUGUUUUCCAGCUGACUUUGCUUCAUGCUCACACACACGAUGCACUUUGAAGCAGUGCUGCAAUUUAUUUCCCAAACUGGCACUCGGCAUUCCCAUCCCCCUGUGGGAGCAGCGUGGCGCAAAAUCCCAGGUCACAGUGGCACCAUCUGAACCAGGGUUAAUUACAGUGAGUCCCACCAGAGCUCAUGCUACCCACAACCCAUCCUUCCUCCUCUUGUCGUCUAUGUAAAUAACGAAGCCAGGCUAAAAUUCAAGUCCUGCUUCUCUUGCACCCACACAUUGGGCAGAGGGAAGCAACAAUGCCCCGUCCCCACUGCUGGAAUGCUGCAGUGGGAAGUGAAGGCCUCAUUCAGGCUCUAAGAAUGGCAAGGGCCAGAGUAGCUCAGUCCAUCUUCCAGCUCUAAGAGUGCUUUCAACAGGCAGGUGAAAGGGAAUGGCACAUUUUGGCUUGGGAUCAAAACAGGGGCUCACCUCUACCAGCAGCGCCUGGAGGUGAUGGCAGUGCUCCCCCAAACACCCAGCAAGCGAUCCCACCCUGACCCACACCCCUCCUUCACCCACCACACACCGACACAGGCAGUGUUCCCGAGGCUGGGAGGGGGAUGGCUGGGUCAGGUCUGUGUUCUCCUUGGUUUUGGCCAUGCAUGGGUACAUCAGAUUUUCCACCCCAAGAAGGAGGGAGCAGGGGCCUGCCCACCCGUGCCGUUUGCACCUUGCUGGUGAGCCCACCUUUCAUUUUCGUACUGGAGCCCAAAGUGAGGGGUUGCAGAGGACCAUUUGUAUGCCUGUUUAUAUCACCGAGUAUUGGAUUGUGAAUUCUGGUGUUUUGAUACUGUGGAUAUUUUUUUUUUUAAGUUAAAUAUAUUCUAUUGCUGGACAGCUGGAA